AUGGUUCAACGUAUACCGCUCCGAGCAGUAGUCGGUCUGCUUUCUGUGGCUGUGGCCAUGAUUGCUUUGUUCGGUGCAUCGCCGCUUAAAGCAUUCUCGUCAACAUUGCAAAGGGCAGGAGUCAAGUGGUACAGCACAGAAAAGAAUUCAACAGUUCUGCCAGCUGCUUCGACAAUAAAAACUCCUGUCUACUUCUUUAGCCAUGGUGGUCCGGACGUUCAAUACAACACAAAGCAUCCUGUGUACCCCAUUCUUCAACAGAUUGGUAAAGAAAUCACCCAUCAGGUCAAACCAAAGGCCGUGGUCGUCUUCUCGGCGCAUUGGAUGGGAGAGGAGGAUACCAUCCAUAUCAACAAUGCAAUCAGUGCUGACCUCAUCUACGAUUUCUAUGGCUUCCCUGAUCACUUUUACAAGGCCGAGUAUCCCAACAAAGGAAGCCCUGAGCUCGCGAGCAAGAUCAUGGUGAUGCUUUCAGAAGCCGGGAUCCAGUCCUAUGGAAUGAAACGUGGCCUUGAUCAUGGCGUGUUCUCUGGUUUCCACGCUGCUUUUAAUCCUAAAACAAAUCCUUUGAACGUUCCGCUGGUCCAGGUCUCUUUGUUCAAGAGCGAAGAUCCUCAUGCUCACUAUGCCCUUGGCCGCGCCGUCUCUGCACUCCGAGAAGAAGGAAUCGUCAUCAUCGGUGCUGGGAUGUCAGUACACAACUUGCGCGACAUGCAUCACAUGUUUGAGGGUAACACAGAACCACUCCCAUACGUUGUGAGUUUCGACAACGCCCUCAAGGAGGCCGUGGAGGCCGAACCUGAUGUCCGCGAGAAAAACAUGGCUGCGUUAUGCAAGAGAGGAGACGCAAAGCAAGCACACCCUUUCAUGGACCACCUGAUGCCUGUUUUCAUCGCUGCAGGCGCGGCUGGCGAAGAUAGGGGGAAACAAACUUGGACAUUGCAUGAGGGUAGCUUCGGUUGGUCGCAGUUCCGUUUCGGUGACGUCCCUUCAUCUUAG